CGCAGCCGCGGGCGCUGCCGCGGGCGCUGCGGUGCCCGAGGCCCCAAUGUGAUGCUCACGCCCAGCCGCCCCUCUUCUCCAGCUCCGCCUUCGCCCCCGCCCCCGCUAGAGGCCCCCAGCCCCGACUCUGGCCCGAGGGACCUCCAGGACAGCGACAGUGACGGCAGCUGUUGCAGCUGGGAGAAGAACUCCUGUCUAAGGUGUCGGAGGAGCCCGGCCGGCCCGGCCCAGCAGACAACAAAGGAGACAAUGGCAGGGCAUAACCAACUCUGUAUUCGCCGUUGGACUACAAAGCAUGUUGCUAUAUGGCUGAAAGAUGAAGGGUUUUUUGAGUAUGUAGACAUCUUAUGCAAUAAACAUAGACUUGAUGGGCUCACACUGCUAACAUUGACUGAAUAUGAUCUACGGUCACCUCCUCUUGAAAUUAAAGUCUUAGGAGAUAUCAAAAGGCUGAUGUUAUCAAUACGUAAACUGCAAAAAGUACAUAGUGACGUUUUAGAAGAGAUGGGUUACAACAGUGACUGUCUUCAUAGUCCCAUGUCACCUUACAUCAGUGUUCUUCAAAGCUCAGACUGGCUUUGUAAUGGGGAACUGCCGCAUGACUGUGAUGGACUUAGCACUGACUUGAAUUCAGAUCAGCACCAGUACACGAAUGGGAAGAACAAACACAUGGUUCGAAGAUUAGACCCAGAAUACUGGAAGACCAUAUUGAGUUGCGUAUAUGUGUUCAUAGUAUUUGGGUUUACAUCCUUCAUCAUGGUUAUAGUCCAUGAACGAGUGCCUGACAUGCAGACUUAUCCACCACUACCGGAUAUAUUCCUGGAUAGUGUUCCUAGGAUCCCAUGGGCCUUUGCCAUGACAGAAGUGUGUGGUGUCAUUCUCUGCUACAUCUGGAUGCUGGUGCUGCUUCUUCACAAACACAGGUCAAUACUUCUGCGAAGACUCUGCAGCCUGAUGGGCACUGUAUUCUUGCUUCGCUGCUUUACCAUGUUUGUGACUUCCCUCUCUGUGCCAGGACAGCAUCUCCAAUGUUCUGGAAAGCUGUACGGCAGUGUUUGGGAAAAGCUGCACCGAGCCUUUGCCAUAUGGAGCGGCUUUGGUAUGACCUUGACUGGAGUACACACUUGCGGAGAUUAUAUGUUUAGUGGCCACACGGUUGUCCUGACUAUGCUGAAUUUCUUCGUUACUGAAUAUACACCAAGAAGCUGGAAUUUCUUGCAUACUCUGUCCUGGGUCCUCAACCUCUUUGGAAUCUUCUUCAUUCUGGCUGCACAUGAACAUUACUCUAUUGAUGUGUUUAUUGCCUUUUAUAUCACCACAAGACUCUUUUUGUAUUACCAUACUUUGGCCAAUACCAGAGCAUAUCAGCAGAGUAGGAGAGCAAGGAUCUGGUUUCCCAUGUUUUCUUUUUUUGAGUGCAAUGUUAAUGGUACAGUACCUAAUGAGUAUUGUUGGCCUUUUGCAAAACCGGAAGUCAUGAAAAGAUUAAUUGGUUGAAGAAUGUGUCUUUGUAAAGGGUUCAUGAUCAAAUAUACAGAAAUGCGUACAAAAACCAAUAACUUUUUUUUCCCCUCUUGUCUUUCUGAAUGGCUUGUUAGUUGACAGAGUGGGGCUUUCUGUGCUUAGCAAGGCUGUGGUUGUAAAAAGUAAUACUUGACAACUCAAGAGUACUCUACUCAAGUAGGCAUUUGAACAGAAAGCUCAAAUAAUCUUUUUCCAUUUAGGGUGGGGUCAGGGAAGGAGAAUACAGAUUUUGUUUUUGUAUUUUGAAAUAGGUCUAUUUCUUGUUGAAAAGAAGUUUCUGUUGAUUACUGGCAUGACAAUAUCCAAGGAAUAACAUUUUGUUGAAGCUGCUUCCGGUUAUCUUCAAAGAAAAAAAAAAAACCACAAGCAAUACUUGUCAUUUAAGCAGAUCUCUCUCUGUGUCUCUCUCUCAUUCUCCUUCCUUCUCUCUCUCUCUCUUUCUCGCUCUCACACACACACACACACACACACACACACACACACACAGAAAGUGUAAUUCUGAAGAAUGAAUACGUUUUAUUGGCUAAUAACUGCCUUCUGAGUCUGCCAUCUCUCUGAGAAGAUACUGUGUUACACCAAGAUGCCUGAAACUAGGAGAAAAAAAUGAAAGGGGCAUUGGAUGGGGUGGACAGAGUGCUAAUGAUAAAGCCCUCAACAGAUGCAAGUCACUAACCCCACUGCAUUUGUGACCAGAGGAGCAAACAGUAUAAAAUAUUUCCUCUCCACUUGGGGGCCUCAGUUUGGCCUUCAGUUGGUAAGAAGAGAUGGCCUCCACAUUCAUAGAAAAAUAACUACAGUUUAGUUUUAGUGAUGUCAUCUUGAACAAACUUGUACUUUUUAAAGAUAAAUUAUUUAACUAGAGAAAUGGGAGUGUUUUCUAGAUGUUGAACAAGCUUUUUAUGCCCUGUUAAUAAGGAAAAUAAGCAUGUGAUUAUUUAAUUUCUGCAGGGGGAAAAGGUUUAGUAGCAAAUUUCUAAAUUUUUUCCCCUUCUGUUUUUGAUUUUUGAAGUUUCUGGUUCAUUUAAAAAUGAGCGAGUAUGUUUAGAGACUCAAAGACAGGUAUUUUGUUUUUGUUUUUGUUUUUUUAAGCACAAACUUGUAAAUACAUUUUUUUAAUAAAGUCUUAUUUCAGCAGCCAGCACAUUAGAUUAGCUGCUUGUUUACAACACUAGAAGUUAAGUAUACUGAAUAAUUUAGCUUCUAAGAUACCAAUGGUCACUUUUUUGAAUGAUUCUGUUUUGUGGUUGUGACUAGAGAAUAGUUAAAAACUGGAGUUUGAAAUCUUUGGCAGGUGUAUGGAGUGUGCCCUGCUCUUAGCCAGCCUCUGAAAACCCUGUGGGUGAGCUUAGCUUCAUUGUGCCGUCUUACAUUUCUUUUUAUGCAUAGGAAGUUGGAGAAGGCACUUGUAUGUGAGGGAUUUAGCUUGAGGCCCUAAAUGAGGCCAUCCUAGUAACAACCUGCUCCUUCUUUGCCUUUUUCUUUUGUCACUUUAAUUAAUCUCCCUCCCAUCAGCUGCAAAGGACCCAGGAUGGAUUACUAAGGAAAGUAUUAUUAUCCUAGCAAGAUUCAUCUUGGUACUAGGGUGACCUCAAUUUGUGUCAGCUUUGAACUUUACCUUUUAAGUUCACCCCGAAUGUCAAUCAGAGAUACCAAGUGUGGAACAAGGCUAAUUUAAGUUUUAUUAUGCUCUGUAGUCUCUGACACUUCCAAUCCUUAUAACAUCUUAAAUUGUCCAUCUUCUUAUAUUGGGGGGAGGACAAAAAUGCUGACAUUUCAUCCAAGGAAAUUGUGUUGUCUUGAAGGAUGUUUUUUUUUUCUGUGCCAGUCAGAGUAAUGAAUAUUAAACUGAUCUGUUGGGGCAGCUAGGUGGCACAGUGGACAAAGUACCAGCCCUGGAUUCAGGAGGACCUGAGUUCAAAUUUGACCUCAGACACUUGACACUUACUAGCUGUGUGACCUUGGGCAAGUCACUUAAUCCUCAUUGCCCCACAAAAACAAAAAACAAUUUAAAAAAGAACCAAAAAAAAACCCCUGUUCUGUCCCCUCCCCUUUGAGGUCAAAAGAUGGCCAGUGUUAUUACUUUAUUUCCUGACUGGCAAAAAGAAUUGAACACCUCCUUUUUGGAACUCAGAUAUAGUGUAGCUUAGCUGGAAAAGGUCAGACAAUUGCUUUGGGAGAAACUUUUCAACAUAUGUUGUAAUAUUAAUUCAUAUACGUUAAAUACCCAUUUAAUGAUCAGUUUCAUCUUUAGUCUUUUCUCCUUGUAAUUUUAAGACUCAAAAAGAAAAAUGCAAUUACCUUUUCAGAGCUAUUGACAUUGAGAGCAUCUUACUGUGGGCUGCUUUCAAGCUUCAUUAGCUGCCAGGACUUUAUAACUUUUCACCCUGGAAUUUACUCAUAUCUAUUGUUGGAGCAAAAAGUAGAGGUUUGUAAUUUAUUAUUGUAGCUAUUUUAAGACAGUGUUUACAUAAACUAAAGUGAUCAUCUCGAAGGCUCUUUCCCAAAAGACUUUGAGACAAAAUUCUUUUCAGUUUUUUAAAUGUGAAAUAUAUAGAUAUAUAUUCUUGUAAAUUUUUUUGUCCAGAAAUUUCCAAUUUUACCUUUGAAUCUUUUUUUUUUUCCUUCUUAAAAGCCAAGCCAUAGUGAUAACAUUUAUGUUUACAUUUUGGGCUUCAGAUGUUUGGUUAGAGAAGCUACAUGCACUAGGUCUACAUCAUUGUUGUAU